AUGCGGUUCUCUCGCUACCUUGGUAUCGCAGCAUGCUGCACCCUUGUUUUCACGGCCCCGGCGCCCUCGAGCCAUGUUUUGCACGAGAGGCGGAACGGUCAUCCCCACGAGUGGACCAAACGGUCGCGUGCACAUGGCCACGAACUCCUCCCUAUUCGCAUUGGUCUCCAGCAACGCAAUCUGCACCUGGCCGAUGACUUUCUCAUGGACGUGUCGGACCCUGCAUCCCCAAACUUCGGCAAGCACUGGAGUGCUGAAAAGGUCGCCAAUACUUUCGCCCCAUCCCACGAGGCCACGGGCAGUGUCACCAACUGGUUGUUGGACUCUGGCAUCGAUUCUUCUCGUCUGACAUACUCUACCGGGCGCAACUGGAUCCAGUUUAACGGCACAGUCGAGGAGGCGGAGCGUCUGUUCAACACGGAGUACCAUUUCUUUGAGCACAAGAAGACUGGCGGCUUCCGCAUUGCCUGUGAUGAGUACCAUCUUCCGAUGCACGUCCAGCAGCACGUCGACUUUGCGAUGCCGACCGUUCAACUUGACGGGCUCCGUCCCGUGGCCAACCUCAAUCCUGCCCUGAGCGCACCCAGCCCUCUCACCGGGCUGACGGGCACGAAAGAGUGUGGCACCCUCAUCACCAUCGACUGCCUGCGUGCCAUCUACAACUUUACCUUCCUCAACUCCAGUCUACCAGGCAACGAAAUGGGAAUUGCCGAAUGGGCCGACUACCUCUACGACCCCGAUCUGGUCCCCUUCUUCCAAAAUUGGACCACUCCACGGAUACCCAGCGACACUAUCCCGGAGUUCAUCAGCAUUGACGGAGGCAAGCCUUCCAACAUCACUCAAGCCGAGGCGGGAAACGUCAUCGAGUCAGCACUGGACUUCCAGACAGCAUACUCAAUCAUUUGGCCGCAGAAGCUGCGCCUGUACCAGGUUGGCGAUGGCGUCAAUGUGGACAGUGUCGGCACCUUCAACAUCUUCCUCGACGCACUUGAUGCCAGCUACUGCACCUAUGAGGGCGGCGAUGCGCCCUACGUUGAUCCCGCAUAUCCGGACCCCAACCUCGGCGGCUACACCGGUCCCCUACAGUGCGGGGGUGCGCCCACCUCCAAUGUCUUCUCGUUUUCGUACAACCAGAUCGAGGGCGCUCUGCCAGAGUUCUAUCAGUGGAGACAGUGCCACGAAUGGAUGAAGCUCGGGCUGCAAGGGGUCAGUAUUCUCUUCGCCAGCGGUGACUCUGGCGUUGCCAACCGCUACAAUGCGGGCUACGACAACAGCUGCUUGAAUGCGGAUGAGCUGUACGUAGACGUAAACGGCACAAGGUUCUCCCCGUCAUUUCCGUGCAACUGCCCCUACGUUACUGUCGUGGGUGCAACUCAGCUGGCGACAUCUUCGAUCACCGGAGGCGAAGUCGCCGUUGCGAAGCCAGAUGCGACCAACAGCAAGCUCGAUUAUUACAGUGGAGGGGGAUUCUCAAACAUCUUCACCGUCCCAGACUACCAGAAAUCCGCCGUGAACGACUAUCUCCAAAACUACCCGCCGCCGUACGACCACAAGACGUACAACAACAGCGGCACAUCGCGUGCAUAUCCUGACGUGUCUGCUUUGGGGCUAAACAUCACCACCGUCUAUCUGAACAAGACGUAUGGAGUGGGUGGAACUUCGGCCAGCACGCCCAUCGUCGCCUCACUUGUCAACCUGCUAAAUGAGGAGCGCAUGCAGCGUGGGAAAGGACCGGUGGGAUUCCUGAACCCCAUCUUCUACGCCAAUCCGGGGGCUUUCAAUGACAUUACUACCGGGUCAAACCCCGGGUGCGGCACGGAUGGCUUUGCUGCUCAGCCUGGCUGGGAUCCUGUCACCGGACUGGGAACUCCGGACUACCAGAAGCUGAGGAAGAUCUUCUUGGACCUACCGUGA